CUCUCUGCCAGCCAGUGGGUGUUGUUGCAAUGGUGGAUACGGAGGGACAUUGAAUGACUUUGGCUCCAUCACAAAAAGAUUCCUUCACCAAUUGGGUUUAAUUCAUAAACGGCGAGCAUGGAGACUCUUAUCCCUGUAAUAAACAAGCUCCAAGAUGUGUUUAAUACCGUGGGCGCGGAUAUAAUACAGCUGCCGCAGAUUGCAGUGGUGGGGACUCAGAGCAGUGGGAAGAGCUCGGUGCUGGAGAGCCUGGUGGGCAGCGACCUGCUCCCCCGCGGGACCGGCAUCGUUACCAGGCGACCCCUCAUCCUCCAGCUGGUUCACGUGGAGCCAGGAGAUGCCAGGAAAAACGAGGAUGGAGGCAGAGAGGGUGAAGAGUGGGGCAAGUUUCUACACACCAAGAAUAAGAUCUACACAGAUUUCGAUGAAAUCAGACAGGAAAUCGAAAACGAAACAGAGCGAGUAUCAGGGAAUAAUAAGGGAAUCAGCGAUGAACCGAUCCACCUGAAGAUCUUCUCUCCACAUGUCGUCAACCUCACGCUGGUGGAUCUGCCAGGAAUCACCAAGGUACCCGUGGGUGACCAGCCCAAGGACAUCGAGAUUCAGAUUAAAGAUCUAAUCGUGAAGCACAUCUCCAACCCGAACAGCAUCAUCCUGUCUGUAACGGCGGCGAACACAGACAUGGCGACGUCAGAGGCCCUGAAGGUGGCGCGGGAGGUGGAUCCUGACGGCCGGAGGACCCUGGCUGUGGUGACCAAGCUGGACCUGAUGGACGCUGGUACCGAUGCUAUGGAUGUGCUGAUGGGCAGAGUCAUCCCAGUCAAACUGGGCAUCAUCGGUUGCGUUAACAGGAGCCAGUUGGACAUCAACAAUAAGAAGUCGGUGGCUGAUGCGAUCCGUGACGAGCACGCCUUCCUGCAGAAGAAAUAUCCAUCUCUGGCCAACAGAAACGGAACCAAAUACCUGGCCCGAACCCUCAACAGGUUACUGAUGCAUCACAUCAGAGAGUGUCUCCCUGAGCUGAAGACUCGGAUCAACGUCCUGGCAGCUCAGUACCAGUCCCUGCUGAGCAGCUACGGCGAACCCGUGGAAGACCAGAGUGCCACCCUGCUCCAGCUCAUCACCAAGUUUGCCACCGAGUACUGCAACACCAUCGAGGGCACGGCCAAAUACAUCGAGACGGCAGAGCUGUGCGGAGGAGCCCGAAUUUGUUACAUAUUCCAUGAGACUUUUGGCAGAACCUUGGAGUCUGUGGAUCCUCUGGGAGGACUGAGCACCAUCGAUAUCUUAACAGCCAUAAGGAACGCAACAGGCCCGCGUCCGUCCCUGUUUGUGCCGGAGGUUUCCUUCGAGCUGUUGGUGAAGAAGCAGGUGAAGCGCCUGGAGGAGCCCAGUCUGCGCUGCGUGGAGCUGGUCCACGAGGAGAUGCAGAGGAUCAUCCAGCACUGCAGCAACUACAGCACGCAGGAGCUGCAGAGAUUCCCUAAGCUGCACGAGGCCAUCGUGGAGGUGGUCACCUCCCUCCUGAGGAAGAGACUGCCCAUCACCAAUGAGAUGGUCCACAACUUGGUCGCAAUCGAGCUGGCAUACAUCAACACCAAGCAUCCAGACUUUGCCGAUGCCUGUGGGGUCAUGAACAACAACAUAGAGGAGCAAAGGCGAAACAGGAUGAGAGAGCUGCCGACUGCAGUGCCCAGGGACAAGUCUGGCAAAGGCCCGCCUGGCCCAGUUGUGGUUUCUGGGGAGGCUUAUGCGUCUGCAUCAGACAUGGAUAGUGCCAAGGCCCCGGCUGCAGGGCCCAUGGGAGAGCAGGACGGCACGGGGAACUGGAGGGGGAUGCUGAAGAAGGGGGAGGACGCCCCCGGCUCCGGACCCGGGAGUCCCCUCAAAGGAGCCGUCAACCUACUCGAUGUGCCUGUACCAGUCGCCAGGAAACUGUCGUCACGUGAGCAGCGAGACUGCGAGGUCAUCGAGCGCCUCAUCAAGUCCUACUUCCUCAUCGUCCGCAAGAACAUCCAGGACAGUGUGCCAAAGGCGGUGAUGCAUUUCCUGGUCAACCAUGUGAAGGACAGUCUCCAGAGCGAGCUCGUUGGACAGCUGUACAAAUCUGGCCUCCUCAACGAUCUGCUGACCGAGUCGGAAGAUAUGGCCCAGCGGCGCAAGGAGGCUGCAGACAUGCUGCAGGCAUUGCAGAGAGCCAGUCAGGUGAUCGCCGAGAUCAGGGAAACACAUCUGUGGUGAAAAGUCAGUUCACACCUCACCUGUAAUCUCCUCAUCACAAACGCUCCACGCUCUCAUCAUGUCUGAACUCGAAGUCCUGGGUGUGCGUCUCAGCGUGCAGCAGGUCUCGAAGUAAAUUAAGAAAUGCAGGACGAGUGAAUAUUUAAAAUGCUUGAUGUUAUUUAGGACACAUAAACUGCUCUGCUCCGUCGGGGGCAGACAGGCAGCCACAGCACUUCUCCGUUUUGACAGAUUGUAGUCGACCGGGAUGGAAGUGGACUUACGAGUGAAAGUUGGGAUUUUGGCAGCUCCAUAAAAGAUCCGGAAAGUAUUUGAGCUGCAAGUUGUAAAAUGAUAAAAAAUUGCUUCUCGGUCCUUAAUUUGCAACGGUUUGGAUUAGAUGUAGCGCUGCUGUCAGAAGCCGCCGAACCUUCACUGGUUUUACAUUAUUUGCACUACUGUCACCACACUGUAAUAUAUAGCGAGGCGUUGGUCCUGACACUGUUUCCAUCAGAUUUAUUUAUUGUUGUGUUUAUUUAAAUGUGUGGACAGUUUCACGAGCACUAUUGGAACAAGUUCUUUGGUUAAGUUUACAUAUCGCUGCCUAUAUGUGAUACUCAUGGUGCACUGUGACUCUGUACGGUCCCCUAAAUAAUGAAUAAAUAGAGGUAUUUUAUUGCCA